AACAUCACGGUAGGCAGCUAGCUAGCCAACCAUUUUACUGACAGCAUGUGUUGUAAGCCUAGCGUUUAGAUGUGAGAGUGAUGGAAGUACUCAGUCGUUGUUUGGCUGGACUUUCCGGGAGUUUCCGAGAGUGGAGCAUCAUGUCGCAGAGGGAGAAAUACGUCUAUAUUUGAGACAUGGAGAGUAGCUGAAAAUGGGAGCAAGCGCUUCUGUCUCUCUGUGUAGCGACAUGUCCUCAGUGAGGAUCAUGAGGCCCAGUGCUAAGGUCAGCCCAGAGCCCACUGCCCUCACCCUGAUCUCAAAGCCUGAACUGUCUGCCAGGUGUGUGUUUGGCGUUGCCUUAGAAACACUGCGAGAGGAUGGGCAGAUGGUCGAUGGAAUACCCCUUGUGCUAAGAGACAUGGUGGAGUUCCUGGAUAAGAAUGGACUGCACCACAGAGGGCUUUUCCGCCUAUGUGGAUCUGUGGUGCGGACCAGGCAGCUGAGGCAGCGGUCAGACUGUGGGGAGAGGGUGGACCUGGAGCAUGAGGGAGAUGUCCCCACUGUGGCAUCGCUCCUCAAACUCUUCCUUAGGGAGCUGCCUGUCGCCGUAGUUCCCGAACCCCAACGCAAACAGCUGGUUCUGAGCCUCAAAGGAUAUGCAGUUGAGGCAGAGAGGAACCAGUCUCUGAGAGAAAACCUUUGUAUCCUGCCUGAUGACAACCUCACUAUUUUGUCCUACCUCAUCCACUUCCUGUCCAGAGUGGCCGCUCACAGACAAUCUAAUCACAUGCCUGUGGAAAAUCUGGCAACAAUCUUUGGGCCUUGCAUAUUUCAUGUUCCCGCAGGACCCAGGAUGCUGGAGGAGCAGAAUGUGUGUAAUGCCCUGUUGCACCAUCUCCUGAGGCACCACCAGAAUCUAUUUCCAAUUCCAGCCGAGGACACAGUGGCCUCCUCUAUCACCUCCUGCUCCCCCCCUCCUCCUACCCUAUCUGCCCUGUCACACCUUGAGGUCCAAUCCAGCAGCUGUCACUCAGAGCAGAGCCGUGUGCAGAGGUCGGGGGGAGAGACCAUUUCACUGUCAGCGACUAAUGCUUUUAACCAAACAAUACAGAGGCAUUUCCAUCUCAGCAGUCCUGACACGCUGGCGCAGGCUUGUGAAACCGGCUCUGACGUCAGCGCUGACCUUCAGAAGCUGAUUCCAGACGAGGAGGCUCUGGAGAAGAGCAGGGACAGGACCGAGGCGGGCUGGGUGAUCUCCUCCCCCUCUGACCCUGGGCCAGAGCAACACCCUCACCGGAUCAGACCACCCCGAAGUCUCCAGAAGUUUGAGUGUGCCACCCAACGGACCUCUUCACAGAACAAGGUGCCACUACCGAAUGACAGCGGGUUGGAGGAGGAUGGAGAGGCGUCCACAGAUGCAGUCCAGAAAUGUUCUAUUUCAGACCGCUGCACAGCCAAUGAUUCACAGAGCAUCACCCAGACUCACCGCACACAGAGGAUGCUGUUCUGCGAAGAGUACAAAGCAGGAUCCAAAACCGCUGUAUCUAAGAAGGGAGGAGGAGGAGGAGGAGGAGGAGGUGGUCGUGGUUCUCCUGACAGACACGAUGAUUGCAGAGGCAGAAACAUCAGCCAUGACAGUCCCUCACUCAAGAUGCAAGCCCUGGAGGCUGACUUGGGACCCCCGUCUUCACCUGUAGACCCCGAAGGUCAGGAUUACCCCCCUGCUCUGCAGCAGCCGCUCUCUUCUGAGGAGCAGAGCCUGGUUCUGACCCAAAAGCCGCCAUCCACACCAGCUCAGGAUCGGCUCGACUCUCCACAGUCUGGGCACAGCCCAUCCCCUGAUUCAUCAGAGCUCAGUCCUGUCCUCUACACCAGCAUGCUCUCCGAGGGGACUUCAGGAAACGACUCCCUGCCCAGCCUGCCGGGCCCUAAAACCAGCCCGCUGCUCUCUCGUUUUGUGAUGAGCGACUGCCCCGUCCCCUCCCCGCGCUGCCCCAACCUCAGUGACAGCCUGCGCUACAACCUGGACCCCGACACAGCCCCUUCUCCUCCGUGCUCACAGCACAUACGCAUGACUCGCAGCAGUGUGCACUCAGAGCUAGACGGAGGCUCUGUGUCCGUCUCGUCGCUCAACAGACACAUCCACACCCUGAAGAAGAGGAUCAGGCGCUUUGAGGAGCGCUUUGAACAGGAGAAGCACUAUAAGCCUGCCCACAACGACAAGACGGCACAUCCAGAGGUGGCCAGACUGAUGAAGGAGCUCAUCAAGAGUCGCAAGCAGCUUAAAGAGCUGAAGCUGACACAAUCAGAAGGAGGGGGAGUGAAAAGUCAGGGAGACAUCAACCCUUCAUCUGAAACACGCAGGACCAACGCAGACCAGAGGGAGGCAGCACCAACAGGGACUGAGCUGCAGCAGCUAAACAACAACAGCAACAUCAAAGCUAAUGUGGAGGAAACGGUCAAUACUAUAUCCAACAGACUGAAGGAGAGACGCCGAGAGCUGGGCCUGCCUGACAGCGUGAAGGAGAUGUCCCAUUUCCAGAUGACUCUGGAGAAGACCAGCCUGCAGAAGUGUUUGCUGCACUUUGAGAGUCUGCAUGGACGGCCGAGCACCAGGCAAGAGCGGACUCUGAUGAAACCUUUCUAUGACCGGUACCGUCUUGUGAAGCAGCUGCUGCUCUCCUCUGCUGCUACCACAGUCAUAACAACCAUUGAGGAAGAGGAGGGCUCUGAUGAAGAUCAUCCCAAACAGCGUAGUCCCAGGCUGCAGCCCCUGCGACUGAAAUCCCCCCGUUGUGUGUCUUCAGAUGAAUCGCUGCAUCUCCCUUCUUCAGAAACGUCUGAAACACCUCUCGUGUCGCCUCUGGAGGAGGUGAAGUGUUUCCAGCCACAGAUCGUCACCAUGGCAACACUACAUGAAGCUUCCAGACCAGAAUUACUGGAUCACCUCAGGAUGGCACGGUCAGAAAAGCACCGGCUCCACCGAGCGCUCCGAGAGUUUGAGGAGAAUUUCUACACGCAGACUGGCAGGUUCUGUCAGAAGGAGGACCGGGGGCCAAUGGCGGAGGAGUACUGCCAGUAUAAGAACCUCAAAGCGAAGCUCCGCCUAAUGGAGGCCCUGCUCAGUAAACGGGACUCAACCAAGAGCAGCUGAGUUAACUCACAGUGGGACUUUAUCGGACUCAAUCCUCUCUGAAAAAUCAGGUUCUGAAUCUUGUGGUUCUGGUCUUGUUUUAUGUCAUGCUGUUUUCUAUUGAUGCACUUUACAUGAAGAAAAAAUGAGGAAACUGGUGACCAACUUAAUGAAAAGCAGCACGACUGCUACGCUUUUUUUAGUCCGCAAAAGAUCCUUUGUCAUUGUGACACAUCUUAUUAUAAACCUGAUGUAGCAAGUGUAUUUAAUGUAGCACUAAUUUAUGUCGGGCUGACGGGCUGUAACUACUUGAUGUUCGUUACGUAUAAUAUUUUAAUUACGCACAUUAUGCCACUUUGUAACUUGCUUUUUUUUCCUCGCCAAAAAACUCUUUCAGGACUGCUUCGUUUAUAGUGGAAACUGCAUCUUCUUUAAAAAAGUGCUUUCUUGGCGAACAACGUGUAAGCUUAAAUGCAAUCAGUGAGACAAUCCUGUGGUGUUUGUGCAUCAGCUCUGCAACCCUACAUUGUGCUAUGAUAUGCAUUCAUAUUUUUAUAACUGCGACCAUUGAAUUGACAUGUUCACCUUGGAAAAUAUGUGAACAUUGGUGAAGCUUGGCAUUGUAGUGCAACUUCUAUCUGCUGUCAGAUUAGUGUUGUAAUCCCCCCCCAGCUUGUAUGAAGUAAACUCCCUCUAAAUGCAGUUGUUGACAACGAUCAGAGCUUCUGACAUUGUGCACUUCUGGUUUAUAUAAUUUUCUAUAUAUGAAUGUAUCAAUAAAAAUAAAUAUUUUUUCACAUUUA